AUGGAGGAGCAACGAAAGCGCGGGAAGGAGGAGGUGGUGAGCGAUCAAGAUACUGAUUCGGAUGUGAUCGAAAUCGGCAGCUCUCGUUCAGAUGGAGGUAAGAGACGGCGUCCCACCACGCCUCCCGAUUUGCACGAUGUUGUGGUGCUGGAGGAGGCUAGUGAUAUCGAUCACACAAGACCAACGAGAUCAAGAAGGAGGAAGAAGAAAUCGACAUCGAGGCCGCCAACGCCACCCCAUGUGGAGCAGCAUUACAUCUCCUCUUCGGGAGAAAGCGAGGAAGAUGAAGAUGAACGAGAGGAGCGCGAAGCGAAAGAGGCCGGCCUCUACUACUGUGGCCCACAGGACCCCUACCCUGCUGUUUUCGAAGAUGACGCAGCCUCGACUCGAGCACCCGAAGAUGAAGGUUUCCUCUCGCUGCGCGACCUCGAAGAAGCCAACACCACCGCAACGCACCCGGGUAAUGGCCUUGCCGCCGACUACGACGACGGGAUCGAGUGGCGCGAGUGCGCCAUCUGUCUGAGCCGGCCCACGAGACGCGACGGGGCGGUGGUGGAGGGCUGCUACCACAGCUUCUGCUUCGUGUGCAUCGCGCACUGGGCCGCCCUCAACCCGGCCUGCCCGCUGUGCAAGCGCCGCUUCAACGCCGUCCUGCACGAUCUCCGCCUCAUGCCAGGACCCGCCGCGCGCCUCCACUUCCGACGCUACAGCUUGGCCGACGCCGCCGCAGCUGCAGCCGUCGUCUCGCCUUCGUCGUCUCACGCCGCCACACGCAACGUUGCCAGCCGAGCAAGAGCGUCGGUUGCGGCGACGAGUACCCGCGAUGUGGCGGUCGGCAUCCUUCAAGCGUCGACGCACAAGGCCUCGGGGGAGAUGAGCUACGGCGGCAGUGCACCCAGUGCUUCCGACACGGACGUGGAUCGGCGGCGGCGGGUGUACGCUCGCUGUUUGCGCGCCGUGCCACCGGCGGCCCUCACAACAGCGUCGUCAGAGGGGCCAGGCAGCAGUCUGGAGCUGGCCUUUGCCCGACGGUUGCCCGACGUUGCGCGCGAGUGGGAGACCAAGCUCAAGCCGUGGGUGGUGCGCGAGCUGCAGGCCGUGCUAGAGGAAGACGACGUGGAUCUGUUGGCAAUCAUGACGCGCUCCCUCCUCGACGACUACGCCGCGGCCGAAUCAACGCCGCCACCGCCGGCAAGAAGAAGACCACCACUACAGCAACCGCGGCACGAGCAUCUGCCAGCAGCACAACCGCCGACGAACGCGCAGCGCAGGUGGCCUGGGGGGAGCUCCGCGCGCGACUGGAAGAGUUCCUCGUCGACGACGCCGGUAUCUUCCUUCACGAACUCCUGUGCUUCGCCGUGUCGCCGUGUCGAGACAUGA